AUGAAUGAAUCUAAAGUGACAAAUGUUGAUUUUGCUCAGGCGCCAUAUUUCGAUUACUCGCUUUACGAAAACUUCUCGGUAGUGUACGCAUUACCAUUGUCGAAUCACGACAACGGUUCGCUUAUGGCUAUCGCAUCAUUCUAUGCCUUGCUAUUCAUGCUGGGCACAUGCGGCAAUGCCGCUAUCUUGGCCGUUGUGCAUCAUGUGAAGGCGUCGGAUUCCGAGAUCAAGGCACAACACAACCUUAACCUACAUAUGCAUACUAUCAUGCUGCCUCUUCCAAUGACAAUCAUCGAUCAGAUUCUCGGUUUUUGGAUGUUUGGAACAUUUGCGUGCAAGCUUUUUCGAUUGUUGGAACAUAUUGGAAAAAUCUUCAGCACUUUCAUACUAGUGGCAUUCAGUAUUGAUCGAUACUGUGCUGUUUGUCAUCCAUUACAAAUUCGUGUUCGUAAUCAUCAAACAGUUUAUAUACUACUCAGUACUAUGUUUCUGUUCACAUGUAUUUUGUUAUUUCCAAUAUUGCUAUACGCACACUCAAAAGAACUAAUAAUACAUGAGAAAUUCGACUUACCGCAAAAAACUAUUACAAGGAUGCAUUUAUACAAAUGUGUGGACGACCUUGGUGAUACGCUGUUCAUCGUCUUUACCCUUUACUGCUUUUUACUGGCGUAUCUCAUGCCCUUGCUUUUCAUGAUUUAUUUUUACUAUGGAAUGUUAAUAAGACUUUUCAAACAAGCACGAGCUGUUCGACAGACGAUGAUCGGUCGACGGAAAGGAGUCGAUGAAAAGGUACAGCACUUAUGCAACUUACUUUUGUAUCUGCGAUUUAGUAAUAGUUAA